AUGGCCACCCCUUCCCAGUCCACCCAGAAAGGAGUUUUCAUAAUCGAAGCUUCGGUCGAUGAUGUACCAGCCAUUAAAAGCAUGGUUGAUUCCGCCUACUCGAAAUAUAUCGACCGGAUUGGCCAACCACCCGCUCCAAUGUUGGAGGACUAUUACUCAGUGCUCCAAACAAGCCCAGUUUUUGUCUUAAAAGACAACAAUCACACCUCGAUCGGUGCAAUUAUGUUCAGUUGUGACAAUGGUACCAUGGCAAUGAAGAUCAAGAACUUGGUUGUCAGCCCAGCAGCACAGGGGCGUGGGUAUGGUCGCGUUUUGAUGAAUUACGCGGAAAACUUUGCAAUAUCGCAGAAUAUCUUAGCAUUGGAGCUCUACACCAAUGUUAAAAUGCACGAAAAUAUUCAAUUGUAUGCGAAGUUGGGAUUUUCCGAGGAGGGGCGAAGGACCGAAGACGGGUUCGAGCGGGUUUAUUUCCGCAAAGAUUUGAGUCGGGGUGAAAAAAGUUGA